AUGGCAUCCUCGGUUGUGAGCGGGCGGCAGCUGGGGAAGUGGGAGAAGGAGCGGGAGGAUGCGAACCGCACCGAGAUCCCGAUGCCCAAAGCCGCACGCGACUCGUUCAACUCGAUGCAGCCCAACUUCAACGCGCUCGCAAAGUUUGAGAAGAAGCUCGACCGCUUCACGCAGCGGAUGGAGGACAAGGACAGCGGGGUCAAGACGGAGGCGAUCGUCAACGUGAUGAGCUCGACGGCCGGCGCCGGCUCGGGCGACUUCCACACCUACCGCGGCUUCCGCAAGAAGGAGAAUGCGCGCUUGAAGCUCGCCCACCUACUGCCCCUGAGAGUUGGUUACAAGCCCGCGAGCAAGGCCGGCCAGGUGGGCGCUAAGGCGCCGCCGCCUGCUGCCGCCGCCCCGCCGCCCACCGCGUGGUGA